AUGGCGAUCACAGGCACAAACUAUCCCUCCGUUGCAUUGCUUUCUAGCCCCGGCAUGGGCCAUCUCAUUCCGAUCAUCGAACUCGGAAAACGUCUUCUCUCUCACCGUUUCUCUGACGUCACUGUCUUCGUCGUCUCCACCGAUUUCUCAACCACACAAUCACAGAUAAUCCACCAAACUUCAAACCUUCAGCCUUCCCUUAUGAACAUCGUCAUCCUCCCUCCUGUAAAUAUAUCCAGAGACCUCGGGCCAGACUCUCCAAUCGGAGAACGAAUCGGUUUAGUAAUGGAGAAGUCGCUACCACUUCUACGUUCUGCUAUCCUCUCAAUGGAACUCCGGCCAACCGCACUCAUCGUUGACCUGUUCAGUACAAAUGCUUUGGCCAUAGCACGUGACCUCGGGAUGCUAACCUUCGUGUUUUUCACUUCCACGGCGUGGCUGCUUGCAGUCACUGUGUAUGCUCCGGCCAUGGAUGACGAAACUCUAGAUCGGCAUCUGAACAACCAUGAACCGCUAAGGAUUCCUGGUUGCAAAUCGGUUCAGUUUGAGGACACGCUUGAACCGUUACUGCUCCGAGGGCAACCGCCGUACGAGCAGUUCGUACAAAUGGGGAUUAACAUUAGCCGUGCCGAUGGGAUUCUGGUGAAUACUUGGGAAGAUCUUGAGCCCAUGACACUUAAAGCUUUGAGAGACAGUGAGAACGGUUUAGGUGGGAUGAUUCAGGGGACGGUUUAUCCGGUUGGGCCGAUAGUGAGGACAAUCGAAACAGAAAGGAAUAACAGAGACAACGAAGUUCUGAAUUGGCUUGAUCGGCAACCUCCCGAGUCAGUACUAUAUGUGUCGUUCGGAAGUGGCGGGACCUUGUCGCCGACCCAAAUGGAGGAGGUGGCAUGGGGUUUGGAACUAAGCAAAACGAGAUUCGUAUGGGUGGUACGUCCGGCAAAGGAACACGCAACGAAUGGAGCAUUUUUCAACGUAGAAAACGCAGGCGGUGAGGACAGCUUGCCGGAGGGAUUCACUAGGAGGACCGGCGAGGUAGGACUUGUGGUAUCCAAGUGGGCUUCACAAGCAGAGAUUCUAUCCCACCGUUCAGUUGGUGGAUUCAUGACACACUGUGGGUGGAACUCGACGGUGGAGGGGAUCGUCGCCGGCGAAGUUCCGAUGAUAGCGUGGCCGCUGUACGCCGAGCAGAUGAUGAACGCUACGCUGUUGACAGAAGAGCUAGCCGUUGCUUUGAGGGUGAAGACAAAGAUGGAGAAGGGAUCGGUUGUGAUUGAUAGGCAUGAAAUACAGGAGCUAAUUAGAAGAUUAAUGGUGGAAGAAGAAGGACAGUGUAUGAGAGCUAAGGUUAAAGAGCUUAAACACAGUGCAGAAAUGGCGAUAUCUGAGGCUGGAUCAUCUUACAAGUCUUUGAAUAAACUGGCCGAUUACUGUGGGGCUUAUCUUUUUUUUGUAUAA